UUUCCUCCGGCGCUUGACUCUGGUGUUCGCCUGCUUGCGAUGCCCUUGUUAGCCAUGAAGCUAACCUAAGUGCCACAUUUGGAAAGAUGAAUAGAAUUUUAUGUUGAAAAGACAUUGUAUAGACACUUAUAUUUGCUGUUAAGUUGCCCAUAGCAGUAUGUUACGAGCCGGAAGUGUAGUGCCCUGCAUGGCCUGCAGAAAUCUGCUUCCUUCCAGAAUGGGGGUAAAGUUUCGAAUACCGCUGCAGAAACUGCACCCAUUGUCCCGUGCCAUCCACCAUCGCUACACUGCUAACAACAAUCCACAGAGAUCACCUCACUGCUCAGCAGCUCGACAUUACACAUCUCUCUCUAGGCUCCCCAUACGCCCUCCCAAGUCCCGGUCGGGAGGCCACGGCUAUCAACAGCACCGGACCUUCUGGGUGGUCAGUCUUGCUUCCAGACUGCUGAAAUUGAGGUACAUCUUGCUUGGUUCAGCAGUUGGAGGAGGAUAUACAGCAAAAAAGACAUACGACGAAUGGAAGGAUAUGUUUCCCGAUAUGAGCCAAUACACAUGGAUUGUGCCAGACUUUGUUCGGGAGUUGAGUGAGAAUAUCGACUUAGACAAGUUUGCCAGUGCUCUGCCUGAAAUGGAAGAGAUUGCCAAACUUCUGCCUGACAUGGAAAAGAUAGGCGAGAACUUCACCUUCUUAAAAAGCCUUCUCUCCAGUGGUUUGGGUAGUGAAGUCAAUGGAGCUUCUGGUCUGCGUCUGUUAUUAGAAACCACAGGUGAUUCAGCCCUGAGAGCACCAGAUAUUCCACCAGCAUCUGCAGCUAGGUCUGACAGCAGCGAUAAACAUUUCAAAAAGGAGGGGUUGCUCAGCGAGCUCAUUCUCAUUCAGCAGCAGAUCCAGCAGCAUGAGGAGGAGAUGCGGCGGGCGGCGGAAGCCAAUAACGCUCCGCCUCCGCCGCGUGAACCCCGUCCCAGCCCGGCCCCGAACCCCAGCCCCUCUCAACCCAAAAACAAGUCGUCUGAUAAAGAAAAAGUUGACCAGCUUCAAGAAGAGCUUGUUCGAACUCAGAUGAAGUAUCAGCGGAUGCUGGAACGUUUGGAGAAGGAGAAUAAAGAACUGAGAAAAGUCGUUUUACAAAAAGAUGACAAGGGUAUUCACCAACGAAAAGUCAAGAAGUCUUUGAUUGAUAUGUACUCUGAGGUCCUGGACAUCCUUUCAGAUUAUGACUCCAACUACAACACCCAAGAUCACCUGCCACGGGUGGUGGUAGUUGGAGACCAGAGUGCUGGAAAGACCAGCGUGUUGGAGAUGAUAGCUCAGGCCAGGAUCUUCCCCAGAGGGUCUGGAGAGAUGAUGACCAGGUCUCCCGUCAAGGUGACUUUAAGUGAAGGACCUCACCAUGUCGCUAUGUUCAAAGACAGCACCCGUGAGUUUGACCUUGGGAAAGAGGAAGAUUUGGCAGCACUGAGGCAUGAGAUCGAGAUCAGGAUGAGGAAGAGCGUAAAGGAUGGGCAAACGGUUAGCCCAGAGACCAUUUCUUUAAGCGUAAAGGGCCCAGGAAUCCAGAGAAUGGUGCUGGUUGACUUGCCAGGAGUCAUCAGUACCGUUACAACAGGAAUGGCCGCUGACACAAAAGAAACCAUUUUUAGCAUUAGCAAAGCUUACAUGCAGAAUCCAAAUGCCAUCAUUCUCUGCAUUCAAGAUGGCUCAGUUGAUGCAGAGCGUAGUAUAGUCACAGAUCUGGUAAGUCAAAUGGACCCUCAGGGCAAAAGGACCAUCUUUGUUCUCACCAAGGUUGACCUGGCAGAAAAGAACAUGGCCAGUCCAAACAGAAUUCAGGAAAUAGUUGAAGGAAAAUUAUUCCCAAUGAAGGCCUUGGGCUACUUCGCUGUAGUAACCGGCAGAGGCAGUGUUAAUGAGAGCAUAGACUCAAUAAAGGACUAUGAAGAGGACUUCUUCCAGAACUCUAGACUGCUGAGGGAAGGCAUGCUGAAAGCUCACCAGGUGACAACAAAGAACCUGAGUCUUGCCGUUUCAGACUGCUUCUGGAAGAUGGUGAGAGAGUCCGUGGAACAACAAGCAGAUGCUUUUAAAGCAUCCCGAUUUAAUUUGGAGACUGAAUGGAAGAACAACUACCCACGCUUGCGAGAGCUUGAUAGGAAUGAGCUCUUUGAGAAGGCCAAAAAUGAGAUCUUGGAUGAGGUUAUCAGCUUGAGUCAGGUUACACCCAAUCACUGGGAGUCUAUCUUGCAGAAGAAGCUGUGGGAGAGGGUCUCAACGCACGUUAUUGAGAACAUCUACCUGCCCGCUGCACAGACCAUGAACUCAGGCACUUUCAACACCACAGUAGACAUCAAACUCAAGCAAUGGACCGAUAAACAGCUUCCUCAUAAAGCUCUAGAGGUCGCUUGGGAGACCUUGCAGGAAGAGUUUGCUCGCUUCAUUGCAGAAUACAAAGGAAAAGACCAGGAUGACAUCUUUGAUAAGCUAAAGGAAGCUGUUAAGGACGAGAGCAUCAAACGACACAAGUGGAAUGAAAGAGCCAUGGAUAGCUUGAGAGUGAUUCAACACAACGCUCUGGAGGAUCGCUCCAUCACAGACAAGUCUCAGUGGGACGCCGCUAUUCAGUUCAUGGAGGAAACGCUACAGUCUCGCCUUAAAGACACUGACUCUGUAAUAGCUGAUAUGGUGGGGCCAGACUGGAAGCAGAGAUGGUUGAGAUGGCAGAAUCGAACAGCAGAGCAGCACAUUCGUAACGAAACCAAAAACGAGUUGGAACGUCUGCUGAAGGUGAAUGAGGACCACACUGCCUACCUGGCCAACGACGAGGUCACCACAGUUCGCAAAAACCUGGAAGCCCGAGGAGUGGAGGUGGACCCUGUUCUGAUCAAGGACACGUGGCACCAACUUUAUCGACGUCACUUCCUGCAGAAGUCAUUGCUUCAUUGUAACCUCUGCCGGAGAGGUUUCUAUUACUAUCAAAGGCACUUUGUCGAUUCUGAGCUUGAGUGCAAUGAUGUAGUUCUGUUCUGGAGGAUCCAGAGGAUGUUGGCCAUCACAGCCAACACCCUUCGACAGCAACUCACCAAUACAGAGGUUCGCCGCUUGGAGAAGAAUGUUAAAGAAGUGUUGGAGGAUUUCGGGGAGGAUACGGGGAAGAAAGUACAGCUGAUAACAGGCAGGAGGGUUCAGCUGGCAGAAGACCUCAAAAAAGUACGUGAAAUUCAAGAGAAACUUGAAGCCUUCAUUGAAGCCCUUCACAAGGAGAAAUAGAGCAGAUCUUCUUUUUUCUGCCCACAUUCAUACACCUUUGGAAGAAAAUGCACUGAUCAAAGACAACAUAAUAUUUUUGCUCUCUGUCGUUUGAAAAUGACUGUCUCCUCUCAUCUGGUCUUAACAUGUCCUGCUUCAACUUUCACACACGCGCACAAUCUCAAAAGCCGCCUCUGUGAAGUGAGCGAAGCUGGAGUAGGUUUGCUGCUCAUUUAAUCACUGUUGGAGCAAAAGCACUUAGUCAAGUAUAGAAUGGUCCCCGUCAAACACAAAUUCUUUAUUCUUUUCCCCCCACUGCUUAAAACCCUCAAUGUGUUCACCAGACAUGUUCUCCAAGCGCGGGGAGGGAACAGACGCGAACAUACAUCUUCGCUCAUCCCUCGUUCCCAAUAAUUGUCCGGGUUUCUAUGUCUCUCAACUUUCUUUAUUAAUCAGGGGUAUUUUGUAUUAUUUACAGAGCAACCGCAUGGUAAAUUUGCAUCUGCUAUUGAUUUGCCUGUGAAUACGAAAUUCCCAAACAGCGUUUUAUCAUUUAUUGCCGCCUUGUGAUUUCACAGCGUUUGGAUGACGUCCCUCUUUAUGACACAUUCAAUAUUUCAGGGUUAAAAUUAUAUCAUUUCACACCUAAAUAGAGUUAAUCCAUCUGUAAUUAUUUUGUAGUUUACAUUAUAUGCAGGUCUUUGUUUAGUCGAUCUCACUCAUUUGCUAAUCCUCCUCACACAGGGCGCUGAAAUGCAUCAUAUUAUUUCAUGUCGAACUUUAGCCAGUGUACACUUUUCAUUCACCGCUUGCACAUUUUAUAUCUUUCUCCCUGGAUUUUUGAGGUCCGCUUGGGUUUAAAACAAAUGUAAAAGCCACUUGUUCUCAUAAUGUUCUCAUAAUUUUGUAUUUAAGGGACAUAGAACUUUGGUUUCUAGUAUCUCAUACAUGUAAAUGGGUAGUAUACAUGUACUUGUAAAGUAUCUCUACAGUAAGUAAAAUCAAGAAGCUGUUGUCACCACAGGGAAAUAUAUGAGAGUGGUGCUUGUAAUAAAACAUCUGUAUGUCUGUUUAAGAACAUUUUGCCCCUUUUUGUUGUAGAUUGUAAUGUUUGCAUGUGCCCCAUCAGAUGUGGCUUAUUUAUUUAAUUGGUGUUAACUGAGAAACAAUAAAAGCUACUUUAAAAGUA